AUGAACGGGACCGACGUGCAUUACGCGCUGGUGGCUUUCUGGGAGAAGUCCGGCUGCAAGAUCGUCGCGGAUUAUCCCGCGGACCCGGCCUAUCGUGCCAUCGCCCUCAGCACCGUCGCCGGCCUGAAGACGCUCGAGGACGAUAAAAUCAGCAUCGAUCGGGGCAAGUAUACCGCGCACGUGCUGAUCGGCGAGCUUCACUACGCCUGCUUGACGUCGAAGUCGGACUGUCCCUCAUCGGCGAUUCGGCUGGAGUCCUGCUGCCAAGUGUUCUUGGAGAGAUUGCGCUCCGUUUAUCGGGAGUUACCGAUGUUAGCGGACCUCUCAAGGGACCUGACCAAUCUCGCGGUGGUGGAUCUCUCAAAGCCGUUGAAAAAGAUCAUCGAAGAGUACAACCAACAAGAUGCCGAUCCCAAGGUUCUGAUCCCAAGGCUGGAGGGUGAAUUGGCAGAAAUACGUCACGCGCUGAUGGACGGAGUGCAGAAGUUAAUCGAUCGGGGCCAGAAAUUGGACGAGCUCGUGCGCAAAACGCAGAGCCUCCAAAUUACGUCGCGGAAGGACUUUCAUGUGGUGGCGAGGAACCCGCAGAAGAAGAAGAAAAACGUCCUGCUGGCGACCGGUGCGGUAGCCCUGAUGUUUGCGUCGACCUCGCUCUUCGUCCUUUUGAUGUACAUUGGGAUCCUGUGAUCGAUUUCCGCACGGCAGGUGUGUCGUAAUAACACCUGAAAACAUGUCGUUGGAAUUUUUCUAAUAAAACACGUCGGAACUGCCGAAGGAACGUACGACGAAGAUUUCUUAUAACCCUGUCCGUCAUCAGCCGCGUUGUAUCCUGCAGUCAUAUUCGCGUUAAUUACACGCAAUAUAAUUAGAUUAUUAAGGUUAUUUUUCAACCGUACGCGCAUCAUCGACUCAUUUAUUGAUAAUUCACGCGUACAUCAGCUCGACUGUCGAGUUUACCGUCAAUUCGCGCGAAUAACGCGAAUGAUAUGAACGCGCGUUACGUUCGCCUGUUAUCGAUUUUCCCUCGCGAUCGAAGCUAAUCACGUUUCGUUCGCCGGAAAACAGAGGGGUCGUAAUCAGUGAUCACGUUGAGAACGCUCAACUUU